AUGAGGGUUCAAUCUCUCAUCAGAGCGCAAUCGCUCGCUACAAGCAGUCUCCGCACGGCUGCUCGCACAGCUUCGCGGACCCCUUCUCGAUGCGCUCUGUCGACCGCUGCGGCGUCACGCACACCCUUGACCAACGGAUUGAAGACGGACACAUGGAUCAACAACCAGCAGAAGAGGUGGCAGUCGGCGGCGGCGCAAGUUCUGGCGAAGGCGAAAGAUGAUCCUUCGACAUUGAGCCAGGAUGACAUCGUCGCAAACCUAGACCCUGUCGAAUGGGAGCGGUUAUCACGAGUUCGCAACAUCGGUAUCGCAGCGCACAUUGACUCCGGCAAGACCACCGUCACCGAACGCGUUCUCUACUACACUGGCCGAAUCAACGCCAUCCACGAAGUCCGAGGCAAAGAUGCUGUGGGCGCGAAGAUGGACUCCAUGGACCUGGAGCGUGAAAAGGGCAUCACCAUCCAGUCUGCUGCGACCUUCUGCGACUGGGUGAAGAAGGACGACGAGGGCAAGGACGAGAAAUACCACGUCAACCUGAUCGACACACCUGGACAUAUCGAUUUCACCAUCGAAGUGGAGCGCGCGCUGCGAGUACUCGACGGAGCCGUCAUGAUUCUUUGCGCUGUCAGCGGUGUUCAGUCUCAGACCAUCACAGUUGACAGGCAGAUGAAGCGUUACAACAUUCCCAGGCUGUCGUUCGUUAACAAGAUGGACCGUAUGGGCGCAAACCCAUGGAAGGCCGUCGAGCAGAUCAACAAGAAACUCCGCAUCGCCGCUGCGGCCAUCCAGGUCCCUAUUGGGCGCGAAGAUGGCUUCUUGGGUGUCGUCGAUCUCAUCAAGAUGCAAGCCAUCUACAGCGAAGGCGCCAAGGGAGAGCACCUCAGGGUCACAGAUGAGAUCCCAGACGAGCUGGUCGAUCUCUGCAAGGAGAAGAGGGCGACGCUGAUUGAGACGCUUGCCGACGUCGACGACGAGAUUGCUGAGAUCUUCUUGAUGGAGGAGACACCCACCAUUCCUCAGAUCAAGGCCGCCAUUCGCCGCGCCACAAUCUCUUUGAAGUUCACGCCAGUCCUGAUGGGCUCCGCGCUGGCCGACAAGUCUGUGCAGCCGAUGCUCGACGCCGUAUGCGAUUACCUACCCAACCCCUCCGAGGUCGAGAACAUGGCCCUGGACAAGAAGAGGGCCGAGGCACCGGUCAAGCUGGUUUCAUACAACUCCCUGCCGUUUGUUGGUCUCGCGUUCAAGCUUGAAGAGAGCAACUUCGGCCAGUUGACCUACAUCCGUGUUUACCAGGGUACUUUGAGGAAGGGUAUGAACGUGUUCAAUGCAAGGUCAGACAAGAAGGUCAAGAUCCCUAAGAUUGUGCGCAUGCACUCCAACGACAUGGAGGAGGUCCAGGAGAUUGGUGCUGGAGAAAUCUGCGCCGUGUUCGGUGUUGACUGCGCGUCUGGUGAUACCUUCACGGACGGCGGUCUUGGAUACACUAUGACUUCCAUGUUCGUUCCCGAGCCCGUCAUCUCCCUAUCGAUCAAGCCCAAGCACACCAAAGACACCCCCAACUUCAGUAAAGCCAUGAACCGCUUCACCCGCGAAGAUCCCACGUUCCGCAUCCACGUCGAUCCCGAGUCCCAAGAAACCGUCAUCUCCGGCAUGGGUGAACUGCAUCUCGACAUCUACGUCGAGCGUCUCCGCCGCGAAUACCGCGUGGAUUGCGAAACUGGCCAGCCCCAAGUCGCCUACCGCGAGACGCUCACCAAGCGCGUCAACUUCGACCAUACCCUCAAGAAGCAGUCUGGUGGUUCCGGAGACUUCGCCCGUAUCAUCGGAUGGAUGGAGCCGAGCGAAGCGCUCGCAGACAACAAGUUCGAGACCCAGGUGACCGGUGAUAACCUGUCGGAGAAGUUCCUGUACGCUUGCGAAAAGGGGUUCAACGCCUCCGUGAUCAAGGGCCCGCUACUCGGCCACCGCGUCUUGGGCACCACCAUGGUCAUCAACGACGGAGCGACGCACGCUGUCGACUCCAGCGAGAUGGCCUUCAAGAACGCGACAGCCCAAGCUUUCCGCAAGGCGUUCGCGCAGGGCAAUCCCCAAGUCCUCGAGCCUCUGAUGAAGACGACCAUCACCGCGCCCAGCGAGUUCCAGGGUUCCGUCAUCGGGCUGCUGAACAAGAGGAACGCCGUCAUCAUCGACACCGAGGUCGGACCCGAGGACUUCACCGUCUACGCCGAUUGCUCCCUGAACAGCAUGUUCGGCUUCUCCAGCCUGCUCCGCGCCAGCACGCAAGGAAAGGGCGAAUUCAGCAUGGAGUUCAGCCACUACAGUCCUGCGCCGCCGCAGAUGCAGAAGGAGCUGGUGGCCAAGUACGAGAAGGAGAGGAAGGACAAGGAAUAA